UAGCAUCCACAUUUUCUGGAGAGCUGGGGGAGGAGGGAAGGGUUAUGCAAAGCUGAGCAAAAGCCCUCAUAUCAGUUACCCUAAAUAAAUAUAGGGUGAGUCUUCUAAAGCACAUCUCUUGGUGGUUUGACUGAAAGGCAGGCUCCACCAAAGCAUGGCUGCCUUCCUGCCCCUCUUUAUUUGUGGCUUGUGCACAUUGCUUUUAUUAGCUGCACUCUGCGUUUCAAAGAGUUUGAAACAGUCGUCUUUGAAUUUGCCUCCUGGACCAUUUCCUCUCCCGGUUAUUGGUAACCUGCAUUUGCUGGAUAUCCGAAGGCAAGAUAAGUCAUUAAUGAAGAUUUCAGAGAAAUAUGGCCCAGUGUUCACUAUCCACUUGGGGUUCCAGCGGACCGUGGUGCUCACUGGUUAUGAAGCAGUAAAAGAAGCUCUGCUGAACACGGCUGACGUGUUUGCAGACAGACCAGCUAUACCCAUAUUCUAUCACAUCCAGCAUGGAAAUGGUGUGUUCUUUUCUUCUCAAGAGCUCUGGAAAACAACGCGCAGGUUCACCAUGGCAACCAUGCGGGAUCUUGGCAUGGGAAAACGACUGGCAGAGGAAAGGAUUCAGGAAGAGCUUCACUUCCUUGUUGACCUGAUCCAGUCCUUCAAAGGUGAACCUUUUAGAUUACGAUUUUUGAACACGGCCCCCACCAACAUCACUUUUGCUAUACUCUUUGGGAGAAGGUUUGAUUAUAAAGAUCCAACAUUUGUCACUCUCUUGAGACUCAUAGAUGAAGUCAUGCUCCUUCUUGGCUCUCCGUUCUUGCAUUUAUUUAAUUUCUACCCAUUCCUCGGAUUUCUCUUCAAACCUCACAAGAUGAUACUGAAAAAAGUGGAAGAGGUGUGUGUGAUCUUAAACAAACACAUCAAGGAGAGCAAAAAAAACAUAAAUGAAAACAACUUGACGAGCUAUAUCGAUGCAUUGGUAUUCAAACAGCAAGAGGAGAAGGAUAAAAGCAAUACCUCCUUUUACGAUGCAAAUGUGCUGGCCUCUGCGCUCGAUCUGCUCAUGGCUGGCACUGAGACAACAUCCACUACGUUGCAAUGGGCCAUCCUACUGAUGAUGAAGUACCCCGAGAUUCAAAGAAAGGUGCACGCAGAGAUCGAGCAAGUGCUCGGCCCUAGUUGCCUGCCUACCUUUGAGGACCGGAAAAACAUGCCCUUUACCAACGCGGUGAUCCAUGAAGUGCAGAGAUUUGUCACUCUCCUGCCACAUGUUCCACGGUGCACCUCUACUGACACUUACUUUAAAGGCUACUUCAUCCCUAAGGGAACAACUGUGAUUCCUCUGCUCACCUCGGUGCUGCUGGAUAAAACGCAAUGGGAGACACCAGAGGAAUUCAACCCUAACCAUUUCCUUGAUGUGGAUGGGAACUUUGUGAAGAAGAAAGCUUUCCUACCCUUCUCCACAGGGAGGAGAAACUGCGUUGGAGAAAGUCUUGCCACGGUGGAGCUCUUCAUCUUCUUCACAGGCUUGAUGCAGAAAUUUACCUUUAAACCCCAACCUGGAGUCAAAGAAUCUGAGUUGGACACAACUGCAGAGGCUGGAUUCACCAUGAGGCCUCAUCCACAGUGUGCUUGUGCUGUGCCUCGAGAAUAAACUCAAAGCUCUAAACCAAGAAAAAUCCAAGUAAUUAAUCCAUGCAAAAGCACAGAAUCCAGCAGAGGCACAAAGGAGAAACCAGAUCCCUAUGCGGUAGAAACAAUUAGUGUCUUCUUACUCAAAAGACUUGCAAGUGCUUAAAAUAUUUGUUGAGCAAAAUUUUUUCUAAGAAACUGAGGAGAGCUGGUGGGUAAAAUUACUUGGAAAAUUCCAGCUACAUAUGUGACUGAAAAUGGCAGGACAGUCACUGCUUUCCUUCACGCAUUAAAUACCUGACAUAAGAACUUAUACCAGUUCUGAGUGUCUAGGAGGCAGGGUGUUAUUUCUGCAUUUGGGGAUCAGUGUGAGAUACAUCUGUAUCUCAUACAUCUGUAUGUGUCUCAUCCCCAUAUCCCAGCUCUUUUCCCGUUCCCUGAUGGGCAUUCCCAGCUGACAUACUCUUUCCAGAUUCCUGUUCUUUCUCUGUGCUAUGGAUAUUCCUCUACUACCUUGCAGACUUUCCAGCUACUUAAAUUUGCACUUUUUAGGUUGCCCUUGCUCUGAGGGAUCUCAGUAGAGUUUCUUGGGACUCUCUGGCCCUUUCUGGGCACUGGUUUUGCUGUUCUGCUACUGAUAAAGGACUAACAUUUCUCCUCUGAUGAGUCAAAACCACCAUCUCCUGCAUUUUUUCCAAAGAUAGCUCAGAUACAUAAGCACAACCUCUUUUCAGACUGCCAUGUUUGGACAAACAAGGGUGCAAAUAUUGCAAAAACGCUUCUAAAAUGCUCUUUCCUCAAGCUGCACAGAAGGGGCAAAUCCAGGCAGAGUGAGAACUCACGCAUCUUCCCUUUCCUUUCUUCUGUGAAAUUUGUUGGGAUCCUCCCUUUUUCUUACGUUGUUACCUGUAUUCCUGAAAGUACUAGAGAUGGAGCUUCACCUCACCCUCUCAUCAGUGCAGGCAAUAGGACCCUUCUUCACAGCAGCUGGCUUCUUCCUCGGUCUGAAAUGCUGAGUGGAGGCCAGAAGGGGCUCCUACAUCUGCAGUGGGAGCUGAGUUGAACCGUUGUCCCACCUUGUUUGAUCACGUAAACUCAUGGGAGAGAACAGG